AUGAAGUGGAGCGUCCGCGGGGCCUGCGCCGCGCUCUCCUCCUGCCUCCUGCUCGCCUGCGCGCUCAGCGCCGCCGCCGUCGGCCUCAAGUGCUUCUCGCUGGGCUCGGAGCUGCGCGGGGAGCCGUUCCGGCUGGGGGCGGCCGCGGGCGCCUUCUACUCGGGGCUGCUGCUGGCCGCCGGCCUCUCGCUGCUCGGCGCCGCCCUGCUCUGCUGCGGGCCCCGGGACGCGCCCCUCGCGGGGCCGGGCCCGGGGCUCGGGGGGCCCGCGGCGCCGGCGGGAGCUCCGGAGGCCGCGCCGGGCGAGCCGGGGGCCGCGGCCGGGCCCCCGGGGCCGGCCGGCAGCCAGAACCUGCUCCUGCUCGGCGUGCUGGUCUUCAUGCUCGGCGUCCUCAGCGCCUUCGCGGGCGCCGUGAUCGACGGCGACACCGUGUCCCUCGUGGAGCGCAAGUACUCCCACUACUGCCUGCCCCCGCGCGCGCCCGCCGCGGGCCCCGGCCCCGCGGGCCCCGGCGCGGCCCCCGGCGCGCCGCGCGCGCGCAGCGCCCUGGACAGCGCCACGGCCGCCAAGUGCCGGCAGCUGAAGGACUACCAGCGCGGCCUGGUGCUCUCCACCGUCUUCAACUCGCUCGAGUGCCUGCUGGGCCUGCUCAGCCUGCUGCUGGUCAAGAACUACAGGGCGUCGCAGGGCCGGCGCGGGCGGCGCGGCCGGCGGCGCGGGGACCGGAGCCUGGCGCGGCCCCGGGGCGGCGCGGGGCUCCGCGCGCAGCCGCCGGGCUCCAGGGCGCGGCGGGGCCGGCGCGGCCGGCGGGGCCGGCGCCUGCAGCCGCGGCCGAGCGAGGCCUCCAUCCUGUCGCCGGAGGAGUCGGACUUCGCCGCCCCCGGGGACUGCGCGGGCUUCGCGGCGCGCCACGCCGUCGCCUACAUCAGCGUGGGCGUCUCCCGCGCGCGCGACGAGGCGGGCGUGGAGGUGUGCUGCGGCGGGCACCCGUCGGUGGAGCUGCCGGGGUACGCGCCCUCGGACCCCGACCUCGACGCCUCCUACCCCUACUGCUGCCGGCCGCCCUGCGACGCGGCGCGCCCCUGGGAGCUGGGCCGGGCCCGCUGA